UUUUGGGGCUAAGGCAAGGGCUUCACCUUCCUUGCCCUAGAACCGCCCUUGAAUGCUGGCCUCUAAAAUUACGAUCUUGUUGGCUAAGCCUCUGUCUAUUAAUCAAACAAAGCAAAUCCAUGCUGCAAUACUUGUUAACGGUCUCUUGAAUCUUGAGUCCUCACUAGUUCAGCAGAUAAUUAACUCUACAAGCAAUUAUUCUUGGAAUACCUCACGGUAUAUUCAGCUAAUCCUCAUCCAUGUGCAUAAUUUAGAUGUUUUCUCAGUUGCUUCCACCAUCCGCUUCUUUUCUCGGCAUUGUCAAUUCAGGGAGGCCAUUGAUUUAUAUGGAACGUUGCAGAGAUGUGGGGUUAGUCCCAACACUUUUGCUGUAUCAUCUGCUUUAAAGGCGUGUGCUAGGAUUUUGUACAGGUCUGGUGGGAUAUCUAUUCAUGCACAAGUUUACAAGUAUGGCUUCUGUAAUGCUGUCUAUGUUCAGACAGCUCUAGUAGAUUUUUAUUCAAAAGUGGGUAAUAUGGACUUUGCCCAUAAUAUCUUUAGUGAGAUGGUCGGGAAAAAUAUAGUAUCAUGGAAUUCAAUACUAGGUGGAUAUUUAAAAUCUGGGGACUUAGCAAAGGCACAAAGGGUUUUUGAUGAAAUGCCUGAGAAAGAUGUCAUUUCUUGGAACAUAAUCAUUUCUGGGUAUGCGAGGGUGGGGAAUAUGGAGCAAGCAUAUGCUUUGUUUCGAGAGAUGCCAGAGAGAAGUCCUGCCUCAUGGAAUGCUAUGAUCAGCGGAUAUGUAGAUUGUAGGAACGUAGAAUUAGCUCGCAGUUUCUUUGAGGCAAUGGACCAAAAGAAUAAUGUUUCAUAUAUCAUAUUGAUUUCUGGAUACUCAAUGUGUGGAGACGUUGAAUCUGCUGAGGAACUCUUUGGACGAUUAAUUAAGAAAGAUCAACUUGUAUAUAAUGCCAUGAUAGCUUGUUAUGCUCAAAACAGCCAGGCAAAAGAGGCUCUGCAGCUAUUCAAUGAAAUGCUUCAGUUAGAUUUACAACCUGAUAAAAUGACCUUGGCAAGUGCACUUUCUGCUUGUUCUCAGCUGGGAGAUUUGAAGUUUGGUUCUUGGAUUGAGUCUUUCAUGAAUGAAACUGGAAUUCAAAUGGAUGACUACUUGGUUACCAGUUUGAUCGACCUGUAUGCAAAAUGUGGAAGUGUCGAUAAAGCUUACAAGCUGUUUCACGGCUUGAAAAAGAAGGAUUUGGUAGCAUAUACUGCAAUGAUACUGGGAUGUGGAAUAAAUGGUAGGGCUGAUGAUGCUAUCAAAUUGUUUGAUGAGAUGAUGAAUGCUGAAAUCAACCCAAACGUAGUCACCAUCACAGGGAUAUUGACUGCCUACAGUCACAUUGGUAUGGUAGAAGAAGCAUACCGUUGCUUUAUCUCCUUGCAAAAGUAUGGACUUUCUCCCACAGUUGAUCAUUACGCUAUAGUAGUUGACCUUUUAAGUAGGGCAGGGCGGUUAGACGAAGCACAUGGCUUGAUCAACAGCAUGCCAGUGCGGCCUCAUGCUGGUGUCUGGGGAGCAUUGCUUCUCGGUUGCAGUUUGCAUAACAACUUAGAGCUUGGGGAGACUGCAGCCAGGCAUUGUAUGGAGUUGGAACCUGAGAGUUCGGGCUAUCUUUCUCUUCUAGGAAAUAUCUAUGCUUCCUCGGGAAGGUGGGAUGAUGCUGAGAGGUUGAGAAAAGGGGUUGAAGAAAAGGGAUAUGGCAAGCUACCUGGUUGCAGUUGGAUGGAAGUAAAAGCUUAGAAGGUCUUCUUUGCAAGGACAUGAUUCCAACUGUAAUACUUUGCUCAUACUGUUAACAGUUUUCAUCUUUUGCAGUAUCAAUUCAAGAUGAAUGCUUUUGUGCAGCCUCUUCAUUUUGGCCCUUCUGGACUGCCUAUCAUAUCCCACUUCAUAAUUUUGGCUGUUAUUGGCUGGUUAAGAUGUCUCUACUUCCACCAUGAAAUAACUUGAUGGAGAUGACUGUUAAUUGGAGCAGGGAAACGUAACAGUAUCUCAAGAGACUCAGAUAUACAAGGUUUUGGCAUUUGACGGAAAACAGAGUUAGGCGGGCUGGUUCCUGAUGAAUAAACAACACCAAAAUUUUGGAAUCUGAAUGCACCUCCAAAGGCAAAUUGUGGCUGUGGGAAAAACCUUUGUGAAGCAGGAAUUCCCGAACUUAUGACCUCUUUAAACUUAUGACCUCAACCAAAAAAAAGUGCAGAGACCACGAUUAAAUGUUGAUCUGAUGGCCAAAUGCUGGCGUAUUAUUGCUCUAUCUUGCAUCAGUAUGUAAGGCAGAGUGUGCAAAGAGGUAUGGAAUCACAACUACAGUGAGUAUCUAGCUCCGAAGUUACCAUGUCAGUGUCGCAGAUAUUGGUACAAGUUACAACAAAGGGAGGGAUGUGGAACCUCUGUGGAUUAAGUGACUAAAGUUGAAAUCUGAUACUGGACGGAUGGCUAUGCGAUGAGAUGAAUCUUGAAGUGCCUGUACUUCAACAACAUAUUAAAAAUCUUAGAUGAGCUAUAAAACAUUCUCCUGAUCCUACCAAGUCUGGUAUUAGUGGAAGAAGACCUUGGCCAUUUCCUGUGGGGCCUAUGUUAGCGCGAUGGUGACAUAGUAAAUUGGUCUGCAUGCAUCUCGAUAAAUCUUCUGUCCUAUUACAGGGCAGAGCAGUACAAAUUCCAUCAUACUUUUAUCUCCUGAGAGAUAACGAGAGAUCUGUUCACGUCAUUGGAUAGAAAUCGUAUAUGCUGCACAUUUUUCUUGAUGAUUUUUCUGUUUCUUCAAAAAACUUGAAAACACUUUUUGGUACUCAUAAGAGUGAACUUCAAAGAGAUAGACCAAAGGUUAUACAAACCCUGCUUGCAAACAA